CCGGAAAAGGUUGCAUUCAUGUGAUUGGUCACGUGACAUGUAUAGUUUGUGCGCUGUAUCAGGACGUACCCAAGUAACUUGUAAUUUUUAUGCUAUCGGAAGCAGUAAGGUGAUUAGGUGACAGCGAUGAGUGAGGGUUAUUAUUUAGAGUUAAGCGAAAACCCUGUCCAAUUUGAAAAUGCAUCGAGUGUCAACAACGUAUUUUUCGAUGAGGCUAAUAAACAGGUUUUUGCUGUCCGAUCUGGUGGUGCCACUGGGGUUGUGGUCAAGGGCCCAGAAGACAAAAACUCAAUUGCUUUCAGAAUGGAUGACAAAGGUGAGGUAAAGUGCAUAAAGUUUUCAUUGGGGAACAAAAUCUUAGCUGUUCAACGAACACCAAAAACAGUGGAUUUCAUUAACUUCAUUCCUGAUUUUCCCCAUUUGGAAUUCUCCCAUGAAUGCAAGACCAAGAAUUCUAAUGUUCUGGGCUUCUGUUGGACCAGCUGGAAUGAAAUUGUUUUCAUCACUGAUCAAGGGAUAGAAUUUUACCAGGUGCUGCCUGAAAAGCGAACACUGAAGAUAUUGAAGAGCCAGAGCAUUAAUGUGAACUGGUAUAUAUACUGCCCAGAGACUGCAGUUCUUGUGCUGUCCACCACUGUACAAGGCAAUGUUCUGCAGCCCUUUGCUUUCAAAAAUGGGACAAUGUCAAAAAUGCCAAAGUUUGAGAUUGAGUUGCCAGUUGCUCCAAAACCAGCCAAAAUUAUCCUUUCAGAACGCGACAUUGCAGUCGCCACCAUUUAUGGCCAGCUCUACGUAAUGCAUCUUAAACAUCACACAAGAUCUACCAACAACUCAGGAGCAGAAGUAGUUUUGUAUCACUUACUUAGAGAAGGAUCCUGUAAAAAGGCACACGUGCUGAAACUGAACACCUCAGGCAAGUUUGCUUUGAACGUUGUGGAUAAUCUUGUGGUAGUGCACCAUCAGAGCUCACGGACCUCUCUUAUCUUUGAUAUCAAGCUAAAAGAGCCAGACUGUCCUGUGAAUAUUCAUCAACCCGUACUUCCUGCACAGUCCAUCCACCCUUACAAGAUCUCUGUCACAGGGCCAGUGGCUGCUACCGGUCAGGCUUCUGUGCCAUGUGAGCUUUACUCAUCAACUUGGAGUGUCUUUCAACCAGAUAUCAUAAUCAGUGCAAGUGAGGGUUAUCUUUGGUACCUUCAUGUGAAGCUCCACCCAACAGUGAACCUCCUUCAAGACAAAGGAAAACUGAUGGACUUUCUGCUGCACAGAAGUGAUUGCAAAAUGGUCAUCCUGUCUGUAUGCUCACAGAUGCUUGUAGGUGGAGAGAAAGGAAACUUGCCUGUAGUGGCCACUGUAUUUGAUAAGCUAAACCAAGUGUAUAAGGAAUACCUGGAGGCAGAGCAGGCAUACACUUUGGCUGUGGAAUCGGGACCUAGUCGCUUCAGUAACUCCUAUAAAAGACCCGUUCGAUCACAAGCAGUCAUUGACCAGUCAGACAUGUACACACAUGUCUUCUCUGCAUUUACUGAGAAGAAGGAUGUACCACAUAAGUUCAUCAUUGCUGUUCUCAUGGAAUACAUUCGCUCGCUCAACCAGUUCCAAAUCACAGUUCAGCACUACUUUUAUGAGCUGGUUAUCAAAACUCUGGUCCAGCAUAAUCUCUUCUACAUGCUUCACCAGUUCCUCCAGUAUCACGUGCUGAGUGACUCCAAACCAUUGGCCUGCCUGCUGUUGUCCUUGGAGAGCACAUACCCUCCUGCUCACCAGCUCUCUCUAGAUAUGCUUAAGAGGCUCUCCACAGCUAACGAUGAAAUUGUGGAGGUACUCCUGUCAAAACAGCAAGUACUUGGAGCUCUCCGCUUUGUCCGCAGUGUUGGUGGCCAUGACAAUGUCUCAGCACGCAAAUUUUUGGAUGCUGCACGACAAACUAAUGAUACAAUGCUGUUCUAUACAAUCUUCCGAUUCUUUGAGCAAAGAAACUUUAGGUUACGUGGCAAUCCUGCUUUUAAUCCAGGUGAACACUGUGAGGAGCAUGUCACUUACUUUAAAGAAGUCUUUGGAGAACAAACAAUGAUGAAACUUCCAGUUGUCUGAAGAAAAGGAUGGAGAUUUACUAAGCAAGGGUCACGGGGAAACCUGGAGCAUCGGGCACAAGGCAGGGUACACCCUGGACAGGGUGGCAAUCCAUCAAAGGGCGCACAAUCACAUACACACACACACCCAUUCAUACACUACGGACACUUUGGACAUGCCAAUCAGCCUACCAUGCACGUCUUUGGACUGGGGGAGGAAACCGGAGUACCCGGAGAAAACCCCCGCAGCACGGGGAGAACAUGCAAACUCCGCACACACAGGGCCACGGUGGAAAUCGAACCACGACCCUGGAGGUGUGAGGUGAACGUGCUAACCACUACCGGUGACUAUAGCUACAUAAAUCUGAUAAAAUCACUGAGAAUAAAUAUUAUAUGUAGCAUAAUGAUUAGAUAACUAGUAACUAUAGCUACAUGAAUCUGAUAAAAGUCACUGAGAAUAAAUAUAUGUAGCAUAAUGAUUAGAUAACUAGUAACUAUAGCUACAUGAAUCUGAUAAAAGUCACUGAGAAUAAAUAUAUGUAGCAUAAUGAUUAGAUGACCAGUGACUAUAGCUUCACAAAUCUGAUAGUCACUGAGAAUAAAUAUUAUAUGUAGCAUAAUGAUUAGAUAACCGGUGACUAUACAUAAAUCUGUUUAAAUAAUAAGUUCAUAGCUAAUUGAUUAUUAUCUUUAGUACAUGUAUACGUUAAAACCGAAUAUGGUGUGUAGACAUAACGCUGAUACGUAUUUAGGUAUCGUAAAUGGUAAAUGAUUAAUACUGAUUAGUACUGGUAGUGCACGUAUAUUUUAAAACUGAAUAUAGUGUGUUCCGUAAGGUACAUAGGUAAAUGAUUAAUAUCAGUGGUCCUUCACAUAGAUCAAUACAUUCCUGUGCAUUCCAUAAGUGCAUACAUGCAUAUGACCUUUCUAUAAAAAGCUAACACUCCUGAGAUAUUGGAAACCCAGCAAAAGAUCAAAAGAAAUAACAAGCUCUCCUAAAAACUUUCAGACACCCUGGAUUUCUCAGCAGGUAAGAAGAUGUAUUUUAAACAGUUAAAAUAGUUCAUUUUAAAUUGAAAUAGAAUGUUUAAGUAAUUAUCCAAUUUGAUAUUAACCUAUACAAUAAUUAACGUAUGAAAUAUUCAGAACCUUUCUGAUUACAACAGAGAUGAUCCUUCUACUUAACUGGUCAUUUAUGUAAUCUGGUGCGGGACUAUAUCUAAAAUUGAAUCUUUAAUACACAUAUUACAGAGCAAGACUCUGAGCUCAUCUGAUUCUAGUGUCUAGGAUAACAUAUCAAAUGAAUGCAAGCCUACUAGAUAAUUUCAAAUUGUC